AUGUCCUUCCAAGGCAAGAAGAGCAUUCCCCGGAUCACGAGCGACCGCCUUCUCAUCAAAGGGGGGAAGAUUGUGAAUGACGACCAGUCCUUUUAUGCCGACCUGUAUGUGGAAGAUGGUCUGAUUAAACAAAUUGGAGAAAACCUCAUCGUCCCUGGGGGCAUCAAAACCAUUGAUGCUCAUGGCCUGAUGGUAUUGCCCGGGGGAGUUGACGUCCACACCCGGCUGCAGAUGCCUGUGCUGGGCAUGACCCCAGCUGAUGAUUUCUGUCAGGGCACCAAGGCGGCCCUAGCAGGCGGGACCACUAUGAUACUGGACCAUGUGUUUCCUGAGCCUGGUGUGAGCCUGCUGGCAGCCUAUGAGCAGUGGAGAGACCGAGCAGACAGUGCAGCCUGCUGUGACUACUCCCUACAUGUGGACAUUCCCCGCUGGCAUGAGAGCACCAAAGAGGAGCUGGAGGCCCUAGUCAGGGACAAAGGUGUGAAUUCCUUCCUGGUCUUCAUGGCAUACAAGGACAGGUGCCAGUGUACCGAUGGUCAGAUGUAUGAGAUCUUCAGCCUCAUCCGGGACCUGGGAGCCUUGGCCCAAGUGCACGCAGAAAAUGGGGACAUCGUGGAGGAGGAACAAAAGCGCCUACUGGAGCAAGGCAUCACCGGCCCUGAGGGCCAUGUCCUCAGCCACCCAGAAGAGGUAGAGGCCGAGGCUGUGUACAGAGCAGUCACCAUUGCCAAGCAGGCCAACUGCCCACUAUACAUCACCAAGGUGAUGAGCAAGGGAGCGGCUGACAUGGUUGCCCAAGCCAAGCGCAGGGGGGUGGUUGUCUUUGGAGAGCCCAUCACUGCCAGCCUGGGCACGGAUGGCUCACACUACUGGAGCAAGAACUGGGCCAAGGCUGCGGCCUUCGUCACUUCACCCCCUAUCAACCCAGACCCUACCACUGCAGACCACCUCACCUCCCUGCUGUCCAGUGGGGACCUCCAGGUGACAGGCAGUGCACACUGCACCUUCACUACCGCCCAGAAGGCCGUUGGCAAAGACAACUUCACCCUGAUUCCGGAGGGUGUCAACGGUAUAGAAGAACGAAUGUCUGUGGUCUGGGAGAAAUGUGUGGCCUCGGGGAAAAUGGACGAGAAUGAGUUCGUUGCUGUGACCAGUACAAAUGCUGCCAAAAUCUUCAAUUUUUACCCCAGGAAGGGGCGUGUGGCUGUGGGUUCUGAUGCUGACCUGGUCAUCUGGAACCCCAGGGCCUCGAAAGUCAUCUCUGCCAAGAGCCACAACCUGAAUGUAGAGUACAACAUCUUUGAAGGAGUGGAGUGCCGAGGAGUGCCCACAGUGGUCAUAAGUCAGGGCAGAGUGGUGCUGGAAGACGGGAACCUGUUUGUCACUCCAGGGGCUGGCCGCUUCAUUCCCCGGAAGACGUUCCCUGACUUUGUCUACAAGAGGAUAAAGGCUCGGAACAGGCUAGCAGAGAUCCAUGGUGUGCCUCGAGGCCUGUAUGAUGGGCCUGUCCAUGAGGUAAUGUUACCUGCCAAGCCAGGGACUGGCACACCGGCUCGUGCAUCCUGUCCGGGCAAGAUCUCAGUGCCACCUGUGCGUAACCUGCACCAGUCGGGGUUCAGCCUAUCUGGGUCUCAGGCUGAUGAUCACAUCGCCAGACGCACAGCUCAGAAGAUCAUGGCACCCCCUGGAGGACGCUCCAACAUCACAUCUCUUUCCUAG